AUGACUUCUCGAGUGUCGCCUUUUCUCUAUCCCGAGUCUCUAUCAAAGACCGAAAGCUUAGCAAUUGUGCAUCUCAAGCGCGACCUUCAGACGCCCACCAUCCUCAAGGACCGCGACGACGACAACGAGGGGUACUCGGAGGGGAAGGUGAUAAAUACUCGAUUUGGCUCAUUUCCGCACACAACCUUAAUUGGCUUGCCAUGGGGCUCACAGGUCCGCGCGUCUAAGGUCGAUACAGGAUCUCGAGGUCGCGAGAAGAAACGAAAGCGAGAUGAGGUGACGGAAACUGCAGGCCCUGUGGAAAAGAUUGCGAAAGUUGAACCCGAGCAAGCUAUCGAGACGCCGGUGGAGGCUAAGAAUGAGGUUCAAGAAAAUGGCGAUGUGCCCCUGGCAAAGAAAGAAGCAACUCCUUCGACAGCACCGACUGGAUUUAUUCAUCUGUUACCACCGACACCCGAAAAUUGGACGAGUUCGUUACCCCAUCGAACUCAAGUUGUAUACACCCCCGAUUACAGUUACGUGCUACACCGAAUACAAGCCAGACCAGGUGUAAAUCUUAUCGAAGCCGGUGCGGGAAGUGGCUCUUUCACUCACGCAUCAGCCAGAGCAGUCUUUAGUGGAUACCCUGGCAACGCAACCAACAAGAGGCGAAAGCUUGGUAAGGUAUGGAGUUUUGAGUUUCAUGAGCAGAGGCAUGAGAAAUUGGUGAAAGAAUUGCAGGAUCAUGGAAUGGAAGGAGUGGUACAAAUCACACAUCGCGACGUAUGUGAAAAUGGCUUUCUGGUAAAUGGAGAAAGUCCCAAGGCGAAUUCAAUUUUCCUGGACUUACCGGCACCUUGGCUAGCGCUCCCACACCUGGCUCGAUCACCACCACCUAAAACACUCGAAGACGUAUCCGUAGAAGCACCAAAUGGCGACGUUGAGAUGCAAGAGGAAUUUGCACCCUAUAUUUCAGCACUAGAUCCUUGCUCUCCUGUCCACAUAUGUACAUUCUCGCCAUGUAUCGAACAGGUCCAGAAAACCAUUUCUGUCAUGCGGAGACUGGGGUGGAUCGAUAUUGAAAUGGUGGAGGUUGCUCACAUGCGAUUUGAGAUUCGACGAGACCGUAUUGGAAUUGAUAAUGGAAACCAACAUGGUCUAUUAGCCACACCUGCCAAUGUCAACGAAGCAGUCGCUCGUCUAGUCGACGUUGAAGGGACAUUUAAAGCAUUUCACGCUACAGGAGAAAAGUCCGAGAUUAAAAAGAGGGACAAGCCGAAUCCCAAUAACAAACAAAAGAUUCUGGAAGGCUUGAUUGAGAGGAAGAUUUAUAAAGAAGGGAAUCUGGUCCAUCGGGUAGAACAGGAGUUGAAAGCGCAUACCAGUUAUCUGGUCUUUGCAAUUCUCCCACGGGAGUGGUCGGCGGAAGAUGAAGCCAACGCCAAGUUAAAGUGGCAUGUUGAGAAAAAGGAUGGGGAGGCUGAUAAGGGACACGCAAUUAUUGGAAUGAGUAAGAGGCAACAGAGGAGAGCGGAGAAACAAGCUCAUAAGGAAAGAGAGGCCGCAGCAGCUGCAGCGCUGAAGGCGAACGAGACGACAGAGAUAGAAGGUGCUGCGUCAGAAGCUCAGGAGGAAAAACAGCCUGGAGAGGAUAUGGCGUUGAAAUCCGAAGAAAUUAAUAGUGCAGUCGAGAUAGAAGAGAUGAAGUCGGUAGCUGCGGUAGAACAGACUCGCAGGUAG